AUGUCUGAGCCACUGCCCUUGUCAUCCGUGACGGCCUAAGAGAUGUGCUGCCUCCUGCACUGGCUGUCCAACUGAACUCCCGCCCAACGGGAACGCUUCCUCCGAAACCUGGUGGACAAGGCCGUCCCUUGGAAGCUGUUUCCCCUGCUGGAGAGCCUUUUGGGACUCCAGGUGGGAUCCAGGAAGCCCCCCGCCAUCUACGAGUGCCAGAUGCGUCUCUGGGACCAGUGGUUCCAUAGCUGGUCGGAAGCUGAGAGCAACAAGAUUAUCCGGCAGAUAGAAGAGGAGAUGCCGGAUUUGGCUGGACGGUUUUACCGAGAAGUGGCGGCCACCACCGGACAAGUCUGAGGCAGGCCAUGGCUCUCU